AUGGUAGAGCACCAAGAAGAUAUCGCCGAUGAGGCGACUACAACGGUCGUUCAUGAGAGGGUUGAGGAACAUUACGUGUCUGCUAGCGACACCUUGAAAGGCGCGCAAAGGGCUACAGAAGAGGAACACUGGAUGAGCCUGCGGGACGGUAUCCGCAAAUACCCCAAAGCAGUGUUUUGGUCUAUACUAUUUUCAUCGGCUCUCAUAAUGGAGGGAUUCGACCACGCGUUUUCUCCAUGGUGGCUUGUCCGCAAGGGACGUAUUGCUGAAACUGGUGUCGUGCUGAAACGACUGCGGUCUAAAGAUGACACUGAAGACCAGAUUGCAGAUACUGUCGCCAUGAUGGAACACACUAUCAAGAUUGAAAACGAGAUGAAGGCUUCCAGUACCUACUGGGACUUGUUUAAGGGCGUCGAUUUGCGUCGAUCGGAGAUUGCAGUUUUCGCGUGGCUGAUUCAACAGCUUUGUGCCCCUCUUAUUUCUUAUAUUGUAUAUUUCCUAGAGCAAGCAGGCCUUCCAUCAACUGCUUCAUUUGACUUUGGCAUGGGAGAAUAUGCACUGGCUAUCGUCGGUGUAUUUAUCGCAUGGUACCUGGUGCCAAUGGUUGGUCGGCGCACCUUGCUCCUCUACGGCACAGCAUUCAUGACUGUGACCACAUUUGUCAUCGGUUUAAUGGGGAUUCCAAGCAUAACAACACAUCCAAACAUCGGAUAUGGAAUUGGUACUAUCCUGCUGAUCGAGUACUUUGUCUUCUUCAUCACAAUCGGUCCGAUUAUCUACACUAUUGUCACCGAACUACCUUCGAACUACCUUCGAAACAAGACUGUUGGGCUCGCCCGAGCAGUCUAUAACGUAGCUGUUCUGGUGUAUGGUCAACUGGUUCCUCGGAUGAUGCACACAGUUGCGUGGAACUGGGGAGCGAAGUCUGGGUUCUUCUACGGCGGUUUCAUGGGGCUUGGUCUUAUCUGGGCGUAUUUCCGACUCCCCGAGACUAAGAACCGAACUUUUGCUGAGAUGGAUAUUUUGUUCAAGAAUAAGGUGAAAGCGCGCGACUUCAAAAGUAGUAAGGUGAAUAUCGCCACGGAGACUAUUUCCCAGCAGUGA